GGCACAUAAAGUCUGUUUAAAUGAGAUAUAAUGUCAUUGUUUUGCCUUCAUUGCUUAGUAGAAUUUUUGUAUAUACUUAACCUCAGACACGUACACCGACCUAACACCAGACAACGAGCUCAGGCGGCCGUGGAGUCUUUCGUUUCUUGUGCAGUCGAAACCAAACUCCGUCUAAAAAUUGGACUAGACAAGGCUAACCGGUUUCCUUCGCCGAUAAGUGACGGAGGGGUCGGAGGUCAGGAUGGGUCGCUCCUCCAAAGACAAGCGGGACAUCUACUACCGUCUGGCCAAAGAGGAGGGCUGGAGAGCCAGGAGCGCCUUCAAGCUGCUGCAGCUCGACCACGAAUUCAACCUGUUCACAGGUGUGAACAGAGCGGUGGAUCUGUGUGCAGCUCCUGGCAGCUGGAGUCAGGUCCUCAGUCGGAAACUCAGAGGUCGGGAGGAGAAGGCUGAGAAGGGUGAGGCGGGUGAGGAGGUGAAGAUCGUGGCGGUGGACCUGCAGGCCAUGGCUCCUCUGCCAGGAGUCACUCAGAUCCAGGGAGACAUCACCAAGGUGUCGACAGCUCAGGAGAUAAUCCGGCACUUUGAGGGUCAGCCGGCCGACCUCGUGGUGUGUGACGGAGCUCCAGACGUAACCGGGCUCCACGACGUUGAUGAGUACAUCCAGGCUCAGCUCCUAUUGGCCGCUCUGAAUAUCACCACUCACGUCCUGAAACCUGGAGGAACGUUUGUGGCCAAAAUCUUCAGAGGGAAAGAUGUGACGCUGCUGUACUCUCAGCUGAAGAUCUUCUUCAGCGGUGUGACCUGCGCUAAGCCUCGCAGCAGCAGGAACUCCAGCAUUGAGGCGUUCGUGGUGUGUCAGAAUUACUCUCCCCCGGAAGGUUACGUCCCCAACAUGUCCAACCCUCUGCUGGAUCACUCCUACGAUGUGGACUUCAACCAGCUGGAGGGUCCGAACCGUGUCAUCGUUCCUUUCCUGGCCUGCGGCGACCUCAGCGCCUUCGACUCAGACAGGACCUACCCUCUGCAGUUGGAUGCUGGUAAACAGUACCAGUACACCCCCCCGACUCAGCCGCCCAUCCGCCCCCCCUACCAGCAGGCCUGCCACCUCCGCAAAAACAACCUGCUGUCCAGAGAGGACGCUCCGUCCGCCUGUCCCAGCCGGAGUCCAGACGAGCCAGAGCCACCGGCCGAGUCCACGUGAGCUUGUCUCGCUGCUGCUGCUGCUGAUUGGUGCAAAAACACCGGGAGACAAAGGACAGCGUCAUCGUUAAAGGAACGGUCUGGCAUUUUCGGAAAGUCUUGUUUUAUUUGUGUGCGGUCCAGAAACUGUUAGCCUCCUGCAGUACCCUCCUACUUUGGGUCUCCGUGCUGUGCUAGGCUAAACUCGUUCUGGAUCUCUGUACCAGAUGUUUGUCCAAUCGGGGAAGCAUGUUUUUAUUGUUGUGUCUGAUUUUACGUAGAGUUCUUUGUGACAGAUCCCUCAUCCACCAGGCUGAGGGAAUUGUGAACAUUUUAUUUUUUAAAAAUAAAAGUCAUUCUUUGGAGGCGGACCAGCAUUAAAGUUCACAUUUAUUUA